AUGCCGCCGCGUGGAAGCGAGGGUUACGACUUCACGCCAAUACUUACCCACUACCUCUUCCUAUUCACUUUCAUACUCGCCGUGGUAGGAUGGUUCUUGGCGUUCAUCUCACAAGCCAUAGCAACUGCUGACUUCGGCCACGAUGCCGUCGGUGUGCUAUGGUUUGCGAUUUUCCUACAACUGUUCCUCAUCAUCGGUGUGCUGCACACACUGGCGACCGACUCGAUCGGCAUGCACCGCUUCCAAAUAUCAGUCUUCGGCGCAGUUGCCAUCGUCUUCUCAGUCUUCGGUGUGAACCAGGGCAUCUUCUCUGGACACGCGUCUCUGGACUCCAUGGCGGCCGGAUGGCUCAUCCUUGCCGUCGUCGACAUCCUCUGGAUUCUCUACUUUACCUCCGAAGAGGACUCGCUCCUGCUCCACCUCUUUAAUUCCCUUGGCACCGGCGGCCUCACUCCACCCUCGAGACGCCGCAGGGCGGCACGUGCUGCAUCGAUGCAUGCUAUGGGCACAGGCAACGGCUACCAGGCCGGAUUUACUGGCCCUGUAGGCGUGACAGCGUAUGACACCAAGAUGGCAAGCAGUCUCGCUGGCCCGCUUGGAAGUGGAAACAGCUACAACGCGGGCAGCAUGGAGGGUCCUCAGAGGAGUAUUGCCGGCACAGGCAGUAUUAACAAUGGACCUAUUGGUGGAGGUGGUGAUGGUGGUGGUCGACCAGGCUCAGUAGGCGGAGGCGACAACAACCUCUCUCCAAGCUCGCCCUUGAUGACCGGUGGCGGUGCUUCGCUUAGCCCCGGAGGCACGAUGAACCAGCCCGCGAGCCCGGGCGCGAACCCGCGCGAGACAGCCUAUAAUGGUGAAAGCCAGGUAUACAGAGCGAAGGCAAUGUACCCAUACACUGCAUCUCCUGAUGAUCCAAAUGAGAUAUCGUUCUCGAAAGGCGAGACUAUGGACAUCCUUGAUAAACAGGGCAAGUGGUGGCAGGCGAGGAAAGAUGAUGGCACUAUAGGAAUUGCGCCAUCAAACUACCUGCAAAUCAUUUGA